UAACCAACCCUCCCUAGUCCUCCAUAUUGGGUAGAGCUGGCCGAACAGAAAGCAGGGCCAGUGUUGCUCGAUAUGUACCGAUUAACGCUUGUGUUAUUCCUAGCUGGAGUGGUCCUUGGGGAGUAUGACCCCACCUGGGACUCCCUGGACACCCGGCCACUGCCCCCCUGGUACGAUGGUGCCAAGGUCGGCAUCAUGAUCUGCUGGGGCCUCUACUCAGUACCAUCUUUCGGCAGCGAGUGGUUCUGGAAUUAUUGGCAAAGUGGUCACAAUCCUCCUUACGUAGACUUCAUGAACAAGAACUACCGGCCCAACUUCACCUACCAGGACUUCGCUCCUCAGUUCACAGCGGAGUUCUACGACCCUUUGGAGUGGGCGAGUCUUUUCAACGCCUCUGGGGCUCGCUACACAGUUUUCGUCACUAAGCAUCACGAAGGAUACACUAUGUGGCCCUCAAAAUACUCCUGGAACUGGAACACCAUGGAUGUAGGGCCUAAGAGAGACCUCGUGGGUGACUUGGCCAAGGCCAUGAGAUCCACCACCCCCAACGUUCACUUUGGGGUCUACCAUUCUCUGUAUGAGUGGUACAAUCCCCUGUAUUUACAAGACAAAAGUAACAAAUUUAUGACUAACGACUUCGUUACCAGAAAGACCAUACCCGAACUGCACGAGCUGGUGAAUAACUACCAGCCGGAAGUGAUAUGGUCAGACGGUGACUGGGAGGCGCCGGACUGGUACUGGAACUCCACUCUGUUCCUGGCGUGGCUCUUCAACGACUCCCCAGUCAAGGACACCGUCGUGGUCAACGGCAGGUGGGGCAUCGGAAUCCCCUGUCAUCACGGCUCUUUUUACAACUGCAAAGAUCGUUAUAAUCCAGGUGUGUUACAGCCACACAAGUGGGAGAAUGCUAUGACGCUAGACAAACUCUCGUGGGGUUACCGCCGGCAUGCUCCAGCCACCGACUACCUCACCAUCCAUGAUCUUCUCACCCAGCUGGCGCAGACCAUCAGUUGUGGAGGCAACUUGCUGGUGAACGUGGGGCCGACCCACGAUGGUCGCAUCCCACCCAUCAUGGAGGAGCGACUGCGGCAGCUGGGCUCCUGGCUCAACAUCAACGGUGACGCCGUGUACGACUCAACACCCUGGACACACCAAAACGACAGUGUCACCCCUGGAGUGUGGUACACCAGUAGAGCGGGUGUGGUGUAUGGCUUAGUGUUAACCUGGCCUAAAGAAAACAUAGUGAGUCUGGGGUCGGUGGUCAGUACACCAGAGAGCAGGAUCACCAUGCUGGGCUACCACAGCGACUACAACAGUUACCUUGAGUUUACAACGUUAGAAAAAGGUACUGAGGUGAAGUUCCCGCCUAUGUCGGAGGUGGGAAGCCAGUGGGUGUGGGUGCUGGCCAUGACCCACGUCAACCCCUCUAGCCUCCCUGGCACACCUUCCCCGCAGGUGUAAUAUGGAAGCAACAUUUGGAGAUGCUCCUAUAACUCGUAAUAUCAACACUAUUAGAGAUAAAAAUUAUUCAUCUAGCGUGUAAAUUUUUUGUAAUAUUUAAAAUAAAGAAGCAAUGCAAAUGAAAUCUCUUUAUGUCA